UCAUUUCAUUGCAGUGUGCAGACACAGCUUGGGAGAUGGCAGCGGCAUUUUUCCCUGUCUUGGUCGUCUCCAUCUUGUUGCUUCUCAAGACCUCUUUUUCAUCGCCUCCUUCUGACCUCCAGAUCCUCCACGCUGAGCGCCAGAUUGAUUUGACUUCGCACAUCGUUAGAGUUUACUUGACAUUGAAGGUAGAAAAUAUCAACGAUGCUCCAGCUUCAGAAGUUUUGCUUGCAUUUCCACCUGCACAGUUUAACCAUCUGGCACUGGUUAAAGCUGCUGUAGCUGUUGGAAAGAGGAAGAAGAAAUCAUACGUUCCCCUUCAAGUCAAUCCAGCAGAGCAACCUGAUGCACCUAACGGAACCAAAUACUAUGCUGUAUCAUUAGCCACCCAAUUAGGAAAGGGUGAUUCUACCACUCUAGAAAUAUUUUACAUCUUAACGCAUUCUCUUGAACCCUUUCCUGCAGAGAUAAGCCAGUCAGAUUCCCAGUUGGUUUAUUACCACGACAGUGCAAUUAUUCUGUCACCAUAUCAUAUCAAACAUCAGGCAACAGUGGUUAAAGUUCCGAGUAACAAGGUUGAAUCAUUCACACAAGUUGAACCCUCCCACCAGAGUGGUACUGAGCUAAGAUAUGGGCCAUAUGAAGACCGCAAACCUUAUUCAUACUCCCCAAUAAUCAUACAUUCUGAAAACAAUCACCCAUUUGCUGUUGUGGAAGAACUAGAACGUGAAAUUGAAAUAUCCCACUGGGGAAGUGUUCAAGUCACUGAGCAUUAUACGUUAGCUCAUGCUGGUGCAAAGCAUAAAGGUAUUUUCUCAAGGGUUGACUAUCAAUCCAGACCUAUAGCUGGUGGAUCUUCUUUCAAGCAUCUUCUUGCUGAGCUACCCCCACGUGUUCAUUCUGUGUACUACAGGGAUGAUAUUGGUAAUAUAUCAUCAUCACGGUUACGCACUAGUUCCAAGAAGUCUGAGCUAUUAAUAGAGCCACGGUAUCCUUUAUUUGGCGGCUGGAAAGCAACUUUUAUCAUUGGAUACGGCGUCCCACUACAGGACUUCCUUUUUGAGUCAGCUGCUGGUAUUCGAUACCUGAAUUACAGCUUUGGGUGUGCUAUUUCUGAUACUAUAGUUGACAAGUUAACAGUCAAAGUUGUCCUUCCUGAGGGGUCAAAGGAUCCUUCUGCCGAAGUCCCUUUUGCAGUUGAGCAAAGAUUAGAGAAAAAAUACUCUUACCUGGAUGUUAUUGGAAGAACUGUAGUGGUCUUGGAAAAGAGAAAUGUAGUACCCGAGCACAAUGUUCCUUUCCAGGUGCAUUACAAGUUCAAUCCAAUAUUCAUGCUCGCGGAACCCUUGAUGCUGGCUUCAGCAUUUUUCCUCUUCUUCAUCACUUGUGUUGCAUAUCUGCACAUCGAUCUUUCCAUACGGAAAUGACUUGACUUGCCUUGCCUAGCAAGGUUGGUUUGCCUGUGACAGGAAGCAGCUCGAAAUUACAACAAUCCGCUCGCAGAACAUUAUACAUUCGGAUUAGCCGCCAAAACGGGACAAAAUUUGUAAAACAUGCACCAUACUAAGAGACACCAUUUUGACAUGGCCCUGUAUCGACUUUUAUGGUUGGAGGUACGGUGUAUUUAAUCUAGAUAGUUGCCUGCAUCGAGCUUUUGGUUUUGUUUCGGCACAAACUGAUAUACCACAUAAAAGCUAUGCAAUAUACAAUUACCCGUCCUGAAAGAGAUGACCUAGUGGUGUUAGUGAA